AUGACAUACAUAUCUGUAGCAUCCCUCAGCCAAAGCAAAGCAAGCCAAUUGGAUAAAUCGGCAUGCGAACAACCUUUUUACAUACACAUAGAGUAUUUCUACAUUGAUAAAGAAACUGAUGUAGCUUAUUAUAUCAUCCAAAUUGGAGUGAAAGUGGACAAUAAAGUCCUUGUCAGGAAUAUUGCUAUGAGAUACUCACAAUUAGAGAAACUCAACAGAUUACUUUAUAAACAGUUACCGAAUAAUACAGAAUUCCCUUCAUUCCCGCCGAAGAAGUAUAUAUUUAACACUAACAUAAACUUCUUAAAAAAGCGGUAUGAAGAUCUUGAUAACUAUCUCUCAGCAUUAACAACAAUUCCACAUAUCCUCCAAAGUGAAGAUUUCAGAAAUGCAUUCAGUAUUUCUGUUAAUUCUAAGUGA